AUUAACUGGUUCAAGUGCACUAAAUUUUGUAAUAUCCAGACACAAUUUUCUAGAAACUGUCUGACUCACGUUCGUUCUUUUAUCGGCUUCCGGUUUAAGUAGGAAACAAAUUUGUGCAUGACGAAUUAUAGUCGAUCGUACAAAACUGCACUUUUUAAGAUCAGUUCCUUCUGGAAAUUGGGUGUCAUCGUUGCACGACUGUUUUGACCUGCAAAUUUAACUUGCGUAGUUAUACCAUAAUUUUUAAAAUCAGUUAAACAUAAAAUCCUCUAAGAACUGGUAUAUACAAAAAUAGAGCUUCCGUUAUUGAAGUGCAUGCGUCAAACUAAAAUGGUUCGUCUUUACUUCAAAGAUCAUUAACAACAUUUGAGUCACCUAAUUUGAAAUAGAUUCUCAUUUUGUCAGAUCUAAUUUAAUUCUGACGUCUUUACCCUUACGUAGACAACCGUUAUCGUACAUAACACAAUCUUGUCCGUCAGGUUAUUGGGUACGUAGUGUCUUAUCCCAAGAAAUAUAAUUAUUGCUCUACUGGACAGUACAGGGUACAAAUAAUGAUGUAUCGCAUAUUUAAAUAAUUGGAUAUGAAAGCAUUGUGAUAAUUUAUUCAACCACGGCAUCAAAAACUUUAUAAUUAAAUCAUGCAAAGUCAGCAAGAAUAAUGAUUAUAAGGAUUUGCUCUUGAAAUAGUUAUGCAAGUAGACGUGAGUAAAGACUUUUGGACAUCUAUAUAAAAGAGCAAACAUUUUAUGCAUGCAUUCUUGAACUUAAGACAAGAUUGGCACAAGGCAAAAGUGUGAGACGAGGUUAGGACAUCAGUCUUUGUUCUACAAGAUCAGUAAUUUAUAAAUACAUAUCUUAUACAUUGUGAAAAUAAAAAAUGGUGUCAAUGGAGUUUGAAAAUGAAAACUUUCUGGGGAGAGGGAAAAAGCAAUCCGAGUCCCACUGGUCACAGGUAUUUUCCGUUUUCUCUGUGUCAUACCUCUGCAUAUCUUGUGGGAACUUUCUUGGUUACACAUCAUCCGCGGUACCGUCAAUAAUUGAAGAUACUGACACAUUUUCAGAAAUAUCACAUCAUGAAAUUUCUUGGAUUGGUGGACUUGUUCCUUUGGGUGCAAUGGCUGGUUCACUUUUCGCGUUGAUGCCGCUGGCCAAGCUGGGUGCACGAAGAACUAUUUUUUUAUUUGGCUCACCUGCAUUGAUUUUUUCAUGGAUAAUUAUCGGUUGUGCGAAUUCUGUGCAUAUGAUUUUUGUGGGACGAUUUUUAGGUGGUGUAGGUACUGGAAUCGUAAUUGCAUGUGCGCCUCUGUAUGUCUUGGAAGUUGCAUCAGUCAGCAUUCGAGGACGGUUGGGAAUCCUUCCACAGUUUCUGAUGAUCUUGGGAAUUUUGACAUCCUACAUUUUUGGGAGUUUCCUCAACUGGAGAUAUUUGUCCCUUGCUUGUGGUUUGAUUUCUCUGCCGAGUGUGAUCCUACUCAUUUUUACUCCAGAUUCGCCAAAUUGGUUGGUGUCGAAAUCUUGUGAUGAUAAGGCAUUACGAGUACUACAGAAUUUACAUGGAACGAAUAAUGCAGCCCUGCUCCUACAAGACCUUCAAGAUAAAUUUGUCCAGAGGCUGUCACAAUCUAACAAAAUCGGUGGGGCUAGAAAAUCUAUGAUUAAUUCUGGCAUGAUAAAAGCAUCGGCCGUCGCAUUGGGGAUAAUCUCAUUUCAACAGUUGACAGGCAUCAACGGAGUCACAUUUUACGCCGUCACCAUAUUUCGAGAAUCUUCAGGAAACGGCGAAAUGGACGCUCAUUUCCCCUCAAUAAUUUUAGCCUCUACUCAAUUAAUUGCUUCAUUCAUCUCGACCCUACUCGUGGAACGAUACGGGAGGAAAAUACUGCUGACCAUUUCUUCCAUCCUGAUCACAAUUGCUGGGGGUUGUCUGGGAUCAUUUUUCUAUUUCUUUAGUACCUCAUCGCCCGAAUAUCUGUGCUGGAUACCUUUAGCUCUACUAAUUUUAUUCGCGUUUGGAUUUGCAAUCGGAUUUGGUCCAGUCGCAUGGAUUUUAAUUGCAGAAAUUUUACCACAAGAAACCCGACACAUAAUGAACCCAUUGAUAAUAGCGUAUAAUUGGUUUUGUGUUUUCCUCGUUACAAAAUCAUUUCCUUUACUCUUGCUUGAAAUUAAGAUUUACGGAAUAUUUUGGCUGUAUGCAACAAUUGCUUUUCUUGGACUACUUUUUGUCACAAUUUUCGUUCCUGAAACUAAAGGGAAAACGUCUGAACAAAUUAAAAAUUGUUUUGAAAAACAAUCAUCAGUGAUAAACAAUAAUAAUGAUCACUUUAACGAGCUUAAAGUAAUUCUAUCAAAUGGUAAUAAUUAAAUUAUGGAAUUAGUUAGUUGGUAAAAAAUAUACAGUGUUCUUACUUAUUAUAAAAAUAGUUAUUUAUGCAAAAAUAAAUUUAUCUUCAACCAGAAGUAGCAAAAUUUACUUGUCCGUAUCUUGUCCCGAGUCAAUAAAAGAAUCGAACCCAAGAUCA